AUAACAACGACGUAUACCCGUUGCACAAUAGGUGGCUAUCGAGCAACUGUGGCUUAAUGGAUAAUGCUGUGGCGUUUGAAAAGAUGGAUACUGGGUUCGAGCCUCAGUGGGAGCAAAAUCACUCGCUGGGGUGCAAGUACAUCCAACUUAGGAGUCCUAAGUGAGAAUAAACGUCAGUCUCGGAUUCCUCUGCUAGUCACCGAGAUCCCUUACCAAAAUCAAUCAAGCUACAAUUUUGACGUCCAACAACAAACACCAAUGAAAGUAAAUGCUAAUGUCACGGGAACACAAAUGAUGCGCAGAGAAUACAAGGAAAAUAUAUCUAACAGAAUUUGUCUUUCUUUGUCUUCUUCACAACGAUAGCAAGUAUUUGUAACUCGCAUUGCGUAAUUCAAUCAA